AGAUCAUUUUCUAUUCUUGUAAAACACUCUUCUAUGGAUCAAAAUUGGUGCCGUCAAAAUAUCCCACGAAUAAUUUGCUCCACUCUCAAGUGCAUGACAAAUGCUCCUUUUGUAUUCUCUGUUUUGUCCACUUUCUAACACGGUAUGUUUGUUCUGCAGUAGUUUUGAGUCAUUGACGUUGUAUUCAAGACUCCCUUUGUUUGGUGCUUGUCCGAAUCAACUAUGAUCUAUCUAUAUAAUAGAAGUCUGAAGAUGAGCAAAAGUAAUGGUGGGGGCAGUAAUUUGUAUCGAGAUCCUUUACCACACUACAAGUUUGUCAGGACGCUUGGUAUUGGAGCAUUUGGUAAAGUGAAAUUAGCAGUUCAUACCUUGACAGGGCUUAAUGUUGCGAUAAAGAUUCUUGAUCGCGAAUCAAUCAAUAAUUUGGAUGCAGAUAAAGUGAGAAGAGAAAUCAAUAUAAUGAAACGACUUUCACAUCCCCACAUAGUUCGCCUAUUUGAGGUCAUAGAUACACAGUCAAAAGUUUAUGUAGUCAUGGAACACAUGGAUUUAGGCGAACUAUAUGAUUAUGUUACAUUACGUGUUCGACUCGACGAGGAUAAGGCCCGCCACUUUUUCCAACAGAUAAUUUCGGGCAUUGAAUAUUGUCAUCGACACAAGGUGGUGCAUCGUGACCUCAAGCCAGAAAAUCUACUCAUGGAUGCCAAACAUAAUGUCAAAAUCGCAGACUUCGGUCUUGGGAACAUUACACUUGAUGGGCAUUUCCUUAAGACAUUUUGUGGAACUCUAAAUUAUGCUGCUCCUGAGCUCAUGUGUAAAAAAUUAUACGCUGGUCCUGAAGUAGAUGUAUGGAGCUGUGGCAUUAUCUUAUAUGCACUUCUGUGUGGAAGGCUUCCUUUUGAGGAUGCAAACAUGUCUUGCUUAUUUGCCAAAGUACAGAAAGGAGUAUACCCUGUUUCACCUCACUUGUCAAAGAGUGCACUUGACUUGAUUUCAAGAAUACUUGUUGUUGAUCCAAUGAAACGCAUUUCAAUUCCUGAAAUACGUCAACAUCCAUGGUUUCGGGAAAAUCUGCCUCUAUAUAUUGCUAGUCCAUCAACAGAUGCUUUAAGCAAAACAGAAAAGGUUGAUAUGGAUGUUUUGAAAGAAAUGAUUAAGUUGGGAUUCGUUAUCCGUGAAGUGAUUGGAUCUCUUCAGAAUAAUUUGCAAAAUGAGGCUACUGUUACAUACCGCAUGUUACAGCAUACCCGUUCUCCAGGCCCUGUAUAUUGCCAUCACAAGAUUCUAGAAUCUAUAGGAUGCAUGGAUCAUCUUCAGACAUUUUUACAGACAGCCUCUCCUGUUGAAAGUAAUUGGAAACUUGGCUUUAAGUCUCGAGCAUCUCCACGUGAAACCAUGAUGAGCAUUCUAAAGGUUUUCCAGAGUUUAAACGUGAGAUGGAAGGAAAUAAGACAGUAUAACAUGAAAUGUAUGUGGUUACCUCCACUUUCAAUGCAAUCGAGAUCUACCACUGGGACAGAUUGUAGAUCAGGUGACACUGUCAAGUUUGAAAUUCAGGUGAGUGAAGUGUCCUCCAAUAACAUCUUCUAAGUUGUCCACACCAACAAUCCAUCCUUCCCCUCCAAAGAGAAAUUUUGGUAAAUAACAAAAUAUAGUACUUGGAGUCUCACCCUCACGGAGCCCAAGUAUCCAAAAUGGUGUUCAGUCGUGAUUCUUCACUUGGAAAAUGUCCAUGUCGGCAUGACACUCAAAAAAGAAAAUUGUCUACUGUACUACAAUCGUGCUAACAGGUGCCAAAACUGCUGUGGUCCGGCCUAUUACAGGCCCUGCUGCAUAAGAGCCAAGACUGGCCCUGUAUUUUGGGCAGGAGCCAGGCACAGCCUGCCACCACGGAUGGGCUGGACAGGCCUUCUGUGUGGCCUUUCCGGGGCAGGUUAAGACGGGUCGUAUCCCUUUUGACACCUUCACCCCAUGAAAUAGCAUGUGGGUUAUGUAGGGUGAUCAUUAUUUACGCGGGCUGGGUUGUACAUUGGAGCAUUCUGACUUGAUUUUUAUCUUGCCUGGUUACUCAUCCAGUCUCAGUCAUUUUAGGCUAGUCAUUUGUACUUUGUAGUAGUCCUAGAUGUUAAGUUCUUAAUUCUAUGGGUUGGUCUCAAUUUGAUUCUUCCAUGGGAAAAGGAGGAAGCAACCAAGCUGCACCGAAGUUGUUACUAUAUGUGGAACCUAAUCACACUAUACCCUUAUUCUUGCGACCAUAUAUCAAAAUUUUUUGAACUAUAAUUGGUAUCCAUA